UUUUAAACGAUUAAAAAACUUCCCUCUCCUUCUUACUUGGGCCGCACUACACUUGUUCCUCACCGAGAAAUCUCAAUCGCCAGCAACUGGCAUACUAGACUGACAUAAUGGACGAAACUCAACCAUUACUUCAACCUCCAACGGCCCAACCGAGACAACCUUGGUAUCGACUUAGUAUUUCGCAAUCGCCAGCAAAAGCUUACUAUGUCAUUCCACUAUGUGCCGCCCUUGGUAUGCUUGUGGGGAUGGUUCAAGCCCCCCUGGUUCAAUUCGUCGUCAGCCUUGUCUGUAGCCGAGAAGCGAAGACUCUGCAGGACACCUUUCAUAUACCGAGCACUGCUGUAUUCGACGAUAUCUUCGCCCUCAGCCGGCCAAGAGAAGAAUGUGAUGCAGAUGCGACUGUACAGGCAAUAAGCUCUCGAGUUCUGCUCAUCAUUCAACUCUGUUCUGCGUUGCUGUGUAAUUAUUUUCCACUAUGCACAACAGGAUUUUACUCUGCACUAUCAGACAGACAUGGUCGACGUUUCGUCUUCAUGAUCAAUGCUUUGUUCUUUAUGUUGGAAGCUGCCCUCAAUAUCUUUAUCGCAAGAAACGCAGCUUCUUUACCCAUCGCCAUGCUUUUCCUUUCGGCCAUUAUACAAGGAAGCGGUGGUGCCGCAAGCACGGUCCUGAUGUGCACACAUGCCUACGUGGCUGACACCACGUCUCCUCAAAAACGAAACAUUCUCUUUGGCCGAUUGAUAGCAGCGCUCUUUAGUGGCAUGUCUGUUGGCCCAGCUGUUGGCGCUUUCAUCAUGGAGAAAUUUCAAACUAUUCAAGUUAUUUUCACUGUCAACUUCAUUGUUUUCACGACAUGGCUCCUGGUUGUCAUUUUCAUCCUACCAGAAUCCAACAAAAAUGUCGAACAGCGACAAGUACUGGAACCCCAUGCUAGUACAUCCACAGAUACCGUCGCUCAAACAGACAGCUCACCCAAAGUCGGCGUCCUUGCUGCGUUUUCCAUUUUUUUCGUUUCGAGAGGUCCAAACACAUCAAGAUUUACAUUACCCGCCCUCGUUAUUGCUCACUGGUUGAUGAUGAUGCAAGCUAUGGGAAUUCAAGUGGUAAUUGUACUCUCUGCUACAUACAGGUUCCAUUGGACACCAGGAAACGUCGGCGCUUUCCUUAGUACAGCUAAUGCGGCCAGGCUGCUUGGCCUACUAGUCCUGCUUCCAGCCCUUUCUCGCCUUAAUAAACGACUUGUAAAGCGUCGAGGUGAGAGAAGAAAGGGACAAGACAUGAACACGGAUCAGCACAUUAGCUUUGAUGUUUGGCUCGUUCAAUUUGGUCUUGGUUUGGAUUGCAUCGCCUUGCUGUUACAAGGACUGGCGAAAUCAGGUUGGACCAUGUAUUUUGCCUUGAUAUUUCAGUCUUCUGCUGUUGUGUAUGCUGCAGCCAUCAAGUCUUUACUUUUGCACUUGGUUCCUCCGUCACAAGCUGGUACUGUUCUCGGUGCAGCUGGAAUGGUGGAGGCUUCAGCACAAUUAGUUGGUCCUAUCAUUAUGGGUACAGCUUAUUCCGCCUUUGUAAAAACUAUUCCUAGCAUGCCAUUCUACAUCGCCGCCUGUGCCUUGCUUAUCGGAUUUGGCUUAGUAUUGACCGUAAGACCAGAGAAGCAAGCAGUCAGAGAUGUAGCGCAUGAUACCCAUGUAGUCGUAUGACGCUUAUUAGCAGGCAAAGCUCAAAAAUGAGAAAAUACAAUUUAUACUAUGUAAUAUAUUAAAAGAACUGUU